AUGAACUACAAAUUCGAGAAUGGGAUACCAGGUCAAGCAUCAAAUGGAAGAUCUGUCGAAUGGACUUUGAUACAGCGGGAGUGCGUUAAUGCUUCGCUCCGGCUUCUCCUCCAAGGUGCCUUUGAGCACACAGAUCCAGAGAUAUCGAUGAGGAUUAAGAUCCUCCACAAAAGGUGCCCUGGCCUCAUGAGCCAUAUCCUGCCUUCUCUUGAGCAGCCGGACAUAGUCGAAGAGAUGGCUCCUGAUGUCCUCCUAGAUGCAAAACACAUCCGGCCAAGAGCUACACGUUGUGUUUCGCGGGCCUUUGUUAAAAACGAGCUUGACCUGCCGCUGUAUAUCAAAGGCAUCCCAGAACACCAUCCGUUUGUUUGCCAGCUCCGGGAGGCAUACUCCAAAGAUUAUCAAAUGCCAUACAUCACAAGUCUUGGCGAUAUGGCAGUUGAGUGGUUUAGCCAGCUUGGCUUUACAGAUCCAGUGUCCCAGCGCCGCAUCAAUUUCGAGGCCGGAAACUCUUUCGUUGCUCGUGGCAGUACUAUUUGCCGCUUCAACCUCGGCUUCAUACAUGAGCGAAUCCCAGGUGAGAAACGCCUCUUUGUCAUUGUUACUGAAUUAGAAGAUUGCGGUGAAAAGGACAAGAUGGUUAUGCUACCGUUAAUGAAGAUCAAGGACUCAACCCAGAUCAUCGUUGGCCUCCCAGCAAUUGGCAGCAAGCCACUUUAUAUUAUCGACACAGAUUCGACAAGAAGGAACGAGCCGGCGCCAUUUGCAAAGGGCAGCUUGAGAUUGAAUAACACAGCAGGCCAUUCAGAGCCAUAUGCCUCAGAUAUGCCAAACCAUUCACCGGAGCUGAUUUACUGUUGGUGGAACAUUGGGUUGAUGUAG